AUGGCGGCAUUGAUAAGGACAGUGGCGACGCUGACGACGUUGGCGUGCGUGGCGUACGCGGCGUUGUUGGGGGGGAAGACGGAGGUCACGGACGUGAAGACGAACAAGGAGGUGCAGGAUCUGGGGCAUUUCUCUGUGGAGGAGCACAACCGGAUGAUGAAGCAGGCGCUGAAGGGGAUGGCGGAGGAAAUGAAGUUCGUGGAAGUGGUGGAGGCGCAGAAGCAGGUGGUGUCUGGGACCAAGUACUACCUCAAGAUUUCGGCCACGCAGACUGGCCGUCCUGUAAUGUUCGAUUCCGUUGUGGUCGUUCAGCCUGGCCUUGGUUCCAAAGAUCUUCUUUCUUUUGCCCCUUCCUCGCGAUAA